AUGUGGUCGUCGUGGUCACGUCGGGUCGUUGGUGGCCGGAUCGCCACCGCGGCCGCAAUGUCCGCCGGCCGUUGGCAGCCGAAACAACCGCAGCCGCAGCCGCCGACGUCGCCGCAUCCCCAUCAUCAUCUGCUGCACCAUUGCCGCCGUCUGCACCAGUCAUAUUCCCGGCGGUUUGCGACGGACGAUAACCCCGCACGCGCCGUUACCGCGUUGCCGCUGCGAUGCACGAAAAAGAAAUCGGCCCUGACGUCGGCCAAGCACCUGGUAGACGAGAAGACGGUACGCGUGGUGGGCGGCCGGGGCGGCAACGGCCGCGUGUCGUUCAUGAAGUUGUUCGGCAACGAGAACGCCGGCCCGGACGGCGGGGACGGCGGUAACGGCGGCCACGUGGUGUUCCGGGCGUCCGAGAACGUCACCGGCCUGGCACACUUGGUCGUAGAGAUCCGGGCGGACGACGGCGAGAAGGGUUACAACAAGGACUGUCACGGCAAGGGCGCCGAACACCGGUUCGUGGACGUGCCGGUCGGCACGGUCAUCAAAGACAGCGACGGCCGGGUGGUCGGCGAUCUCGCUCGGCCCGGCGUCAUGUUCGUGGCAGCCAGGGGCGGGGCGGGUGGCCACGGGAACCGGUACUUCGCGACGGACACGGAACAGGCGCCCGAGGUGGCCGAAGUGGGCGGCGCCGGCGAAUCGUUACGGUACACGCUGGAGCUGAGCAGUAUCGCCGACUUCGGGCUGCUGGGCUUUCCGAACGCGGGCAAGAGCACACUGUUGCGGGCCAUCACCCGGGCCCGGCCCAAGGUGGCACCGUACCCGUUCACCACGUUACAGCCGUACGUGGGCGUUGUCCGGUACAGCGACAUGGAAACGAUCGCCGUGGCCGAUUUGCCCGGGCUCAUCGAAGACUCGCACCGCAACCACGGGUUGGGCAUAUCGUUCCUGCGGCACGUGCAGCGGUGCAUGGCCCUGAUGCUGGUCGUCGACCUGUCGCUGCCCGAGCCCUGGUCGUACGUGCACACGCUCCGCAACGAGGUCCGGUGUUUCUCGGAGACGAUACUCGCCCGGCCGCAGUUGAUCGUGGCCAACAAGAUCGACGCGGACGGCGCGGCCGACAAUCUGGUCGCGCUCCGCGAACGGUUGCCCGACGACACGAUCAUCGAGAUAUCCGCCAAACACGGUGUCAAUUUGGAACGGUUGCUCGUGCACAUGAAAUCGAUGUACGACCAAAGGGUCGGCGGCGAGUCGCCCGCAGAUGAACACGACUGA